AUGCCAGACGAGUUUCUGUGCUCUGGGCCUUUUUUACCGGUGUCGAUUGUGGGUGGUUGGGGUGUGGGUCCCCGAGCUAGGCUCGUACACACGCCGCCGCCAGCUCUCACGCACGCGGCGUCAACCACCGGCGACCAGGCUGAGCUCGAGCUGCGCACGCCUCCCGGCUUCGUCCUGCGUGCCACCUCCGACUGGUCCCAACCUCCCAGGAUGUCACCUACUGCAUCUCGUCCAUCCGUGGACCAGCCAGAGACAGAUCGUGCCCUUGCCCUUAAGAGAAAUUCUGAUGAUGUGGGGUGGGAGUAUGGAGUUUUGAUUGAUCCAAAUGAUCUGAAUGUAAUCAAGUGCAAGCUGUGCCCAAAGGUUGUGAAGGCAGGAAUCUAUAGGCUCAAAUUGCAUAUUGCCGGCAAGAAAGGAGAAGUUCGUGCAUGCCCCAAUGCCACCGAAGAGGACAAAGCAAAGUGCAGUAAAGCUAUUGAUGAGUCUAGGAGAGCUAAAAGGGCUAGAAGGGAGAAAGAACAAGAGGUUAGACAUGAUGUUACGAUUGAUAUUGAGUCAGAUGUAGAACCGGAAGAAAAUACUGGGCUUGAUGAGAUUACAGGCUCAGGAUCACGUGUGAUGGGUCCUAUGGAAAACUUCACAAAGCCUAUGGACUCUAAUUCGUUGGCCAAGGAGAAGAAGCUCCAUCAGCAAAAAAUCAGUGAGCAUGUCAUGAAAGAAAGACUUCAUAGGUUCAAGAGAUAUGUGGCAAGAUGGUUGUAUGUUCGCAGCGUGACUAGAUUUGCAUCCAACUUUCUCACCUUGCAGAGUUUGUAUGAGAAGAAGGAGCAGCUAAGGACGAUGUCUCAAAGUGAAGAGUGGGAGAAGAUAAGCCAUGUCAAGAGUGCAAAAGGAGUGCAAGCCACAGCCACCUUGGUAAGGCCAAAUUUUUGGAGUUCUGUUUCACUUUGCUUGAGGGUAUUUGAGCCAUUGGUGAAAGUACUUCGGAUGGUUGAUGGGGAUGUGAAGCCAUCAAUGGCAUUUCUUUAUGGAGAAAUCCUUAAGGCCAAGGAAGACAUCAAAGUGGCUAUUGGAAAAAUUCCUGGGGCAGCAGGGUUGUAUAGUUCUAUCUUGGAAAUCAUUGAUGUGAAGAUGGAAAAUAGGUUGGACUGUCCUCUUCACAAGGCUGCUUACUUCUUGAACCCCUAUUACAGCUACAAUGAUGACUCCAUUGUUGAAUCUGAGGAAGUCAUGGAUGGUUUCUUAUUAGCUGUUGAAACAUUCUACCAUGGUGAUUAUGAUAAGCAAGCCCAAGUACUGAAUGAGGAAGUACACAAGUUCAAAGACCGUGCUGGUCAUUUUGGAAAACAAUAUUUCAGUUAUCUAACUUUCAGUAAUUUUUUGUUUCUAUUUUUUGCAGCCAAAUGGUGGGGAAACUAUGGAACACAAGUACCAGCAUUACAAAAGAUGGCUAUCAGAAUUCUAUCCUUGACUUCAAGUGCAUCAGGUUGUGAAAGAAAUUGGAGUUGCCAUGAAGGGAUUCAUACUAAAAAAAGGAACAAGCUCACUUGUGAGAGGCUUGAGCAACUUGUGUUCGUUCAAUUCAAUGCUCUCCAUGGACAGAAGAGAGAUAAGGCUCAGAAGAACAAAAAGGUGGAUCCCCUUCUAGCUACUGAAGCAACAUGUGCUCAAGGAUGGAUCGUGGAAGGAGGAGAAGAGGAUGAAAUCAUAGAAGUUGAUCCUGUUACGGGCCUGACAUGGCAGCUAAUUUCAGAAACUUGUGGUGCUGAUGAGGUCACUAAACUUCGGAGAAGUGCAAGACUGAAUCAGCCAAGAGAGAUUGAAGAAGACAUAUACUCUGAAUCUGAGGAUGAUCCUAUUGACGUGGAAGAAAUUGAGUUUGAAUCUGACCAAGAAGAUGUGGUCACAGCAGGCUAUGAGGCAAAGAAGGGGACUGGGACUAGUGAUGAUUGA